GCCAGAGCGCGUCGCCUGUUUUCCGCCUGGAGAGGGUGUUAUCUAUGAAGCGCUCACUCACUUGGCUUGCUAUGUGCGUUUGCAGGUGAUAGCUGAACACCGAACACGUUACAGGAUCAUUCUGGCGGGGAUGUUCUUAAGGCGACAAGGUUGAUAUUUGAUUCUUGUUUGACGCCACUAUAAUCUGGAAAUCUGGUGUCGCCCUUUGUUUCCUGAUCAGACCUUGUGGCAUUCCUCUCUCUCCGGUCACACCCUACAAAGCUUUGCACCAAUCAUAGGCCAGACAGAGCAUUGCCAUGGACACAGAGUCUGUCCACUCUGGCCACUCACACCACUCACGAGGAUCAAAUAGACACAGCGAGCGCAGCAGGGACCGGCACAAACCUCGCAGCCGUGACGGCAGCAACCGCUCUGACAGGAACGUCACCACCGGCACCCCCUCUGCUGGGACAGGAGCACUGGACCAGACCCCUGCUGGUACCGACCCCCAGGAUGACAACUGGGCCGAGACCACCACCGCCGUCACGGGCACCUCUGACCACAGCCUCUCCCAGGAGGACCUGGCGGGCUUCGCCAAGGUGAUCGAGGGCCCCGGUCCUCUGGGGCGCGGCAGGCUGGCGCGCCUGCUUCCCCUGGGCCUGACGCUGCUGUUGGGCCUGCUGGUGCUGCUCACGCCGCUGGCCUUCCUGGCCCUGCCGCAGCUGCUGUGGGCCGAUCGGCUGCAGGCGUGUGGCACGGCCUGCGAGGGCCUCUUCCUCUCACUGGCCUUCAAGCUGCUGGUCCUGCUUCUGGCCGGCUGGGCGUUGUUCGUGCGGCGGCCGCGCGCCGCCCUGCCCCGCCUGGCCGUGUUCAGGGCUCUGCUGGCUCUCCUCACCCUGCUACUCCUGCUCUCCUACUGGCUCUUCUUUGGGGUGCGCAUCCUGGACUCGCAAGAUGUGAAUUACCAGGGCAUCGUCCAGUUUGCAGUGUCACUGGUGGACACUCUGCUGUUCACGCACUACCUGGCUGUGGUGCUGCUAGAGGUGCGUCAGCUCCAGUCAUGCUUCUCCCUCUGUGUCAUACGCUCCACCGACGGAGAGACCCGGCACUACAACCUGGGCCAGCUCAGCAUUCAGAGGGCAGCUCUGGUAGUUCUGGAACGCUACUAUAGUGAUUUCUCGGUCCACAACUCUGCUCUUCUGACAGCUGCUAAGUCCAGGACAGCCAAAUACUUGGCUGAUCUCAAGGUCUACAGUGUUGACGGUCCUAGCAGCGACGGUGCAGCAAGUCAGUCUCGAGCCAAGAUGGCCGCUGCAGCCAGGCACAGAGACACCAGCCACAAUGAGCUUUACUACGAGGAGGCCGACCACGAGAGGAGAGUCCGCAAGCGGCGCGCGCGGCUGGUGGUGGCAGUAGAGGAGGCGUUCACGCACGUGCGCCGUCUGCAGGAGGAGGAGAAGAAGAAGCCUCCCGGCGACGUGCUGGACCCGCGUGAGGCGGCACAGGCCGUCUUCCCGUCGAUGGCGCGCGCGCUGCAGAAGUAUCUGCGCACAACACGUCAGCAGCACUGCCACAGCAUGGAGAGCAUCCAACAGCACUUGGCUUUCUGCAUCACUCACAGCAUGACGCCCAAGGCGUUUCUGGAGAGCUACCUGAAUCCAGGCCCCACCCUCCAGUAUGGGUGCGGGGGUCCGCAGGCCCUGCAGUGGACGCUGGUGUGUGAGGCCUCCGUCACCAGUCCUCUGCGCGAUGGCACAGAGUUCCAGCUGAGAAACGCGGACUUCAGCUUGGUGGUGAGCACCAAAGCCCUCCCCAGUCUCAAGCUCACAGAGGAGUACGUCCACCCCAAGUCACACAAGUUCGUGUUGCUACUGCAGUCGGAGACGUCCAUCUGACGCAGGAGGACACGAGGUCCAUUUUACUUCCCAACCGGCUCUGCAUUUUUUAUGUUUUUUUGUUUGUUUGUUCACUUUUUACUUUUCCGGUUUUACAGACCACAUUUUACAAACCGCAUAUCACAUACCAGACAAAUAUUGAUACACAACAGUAUCUUCAUUCUGAGGAACUGGACUGAAAUAAGUAUUGAUGUUAAAAAGGCUGUGACUAGUCCUUGCAAGUGUGAGAGUGAAUGUGUUGGUAUGUGAGUAUUUGUAUGUAUUUAAGCAGUGUUUAAGAAUGAACAGAAGCUUACUGUACAUCGAGGAUGGAGUCCUACAGAAAGGUAAGAGCAGGCAGGGCUACGACAAAUGGGAGGUGUUGCGGUACGCGUCACUGAACAUGCCUGCCAGGUGUAAUGCGCCGAGCUCAUUUUUGUGAUGUAACCACUGUGGAAAAACUACAAACCAUGUAUGAAAACACAAGCCCGGGAAAUGCUGCCAAAACCUUUGACAGACCUUUGCUCUUCAGGAGUCCUUGAUUUUUACAGGGCGCAAAACGGUCUGUCAUACUUUUCUACACCUCGCACGCACUGUUUUAUACUCGGGCUCCGGUUUUCCUGAUAGAUGGUGGCAAGUGUCAUUGGAUUUGGAUUCUUUUCUUCUCUUUUUUGUCUUUAAUGUGUGCUGUUCAUAUUUCCCUAUAGGCCUUUCAGGUUUGUGGUUAGUUGGAAUUUUUGAUUUUUCACAAUGAACAUUCGUAUGGCCAGCAUCUCUUCCUGCAAGUUUCUAUAAGAAUAGAUGCAUUUUUUGUAAUUUGGGGGUCUGUCCGGCCACCAAACAAUGAUAGUUUAUGUUUUGUACUUUUAACAUUGAUAUUUGGAUGUGUACAUAUAGGUGUAUAUAUUUAAUUUAUGAGUGUAUGUACAAACAUUUUGUAUACCUCUGUCUGUAUAUAUUUCUAUAAAGGUAUUAGUAAUUUUUUUUGUAUGUUAGCAUAGGCUAUUCCUUGUAAUAGUCAUUAAUAUGAAGUUAUUUCAGCCCCUCUUCAGUUCUCCCUUGUGAUGACUCUGAUCACUCUCUUUGAUCUCUUUUCAAAGUGCAUAGGGACCUCAUUUCCAAUAAACUGUAUAUCUGAGACAAACAAAUGUAUACAAUUUGUUGUUUUUUUGACAUUACUGACUUCUCUCAAGUAUCAAUAACAAACACCUAUUUAGGAUCAUAGACUUUUUUUGUUAUGUUUUAUGAAGCAGAGUACAGUUAGGUAUUAUAUUUCUCAGCAUAUGACUUUCUAUGUCCUUUUAAGUUAAAAAGGCAAUGUUUUUGGAUUUGCAAA